AUGUACGACGAUCAGACGUUGUUACGUGUUCACCAAGUCUUUCCACUCGUCAUCUCUUCGUUCUGUCGACGGCUACGUCCACCGUCAUAUGCCGGUCGCGUCGAACGAUCCUUGAGGGGCUACUUGAAGGAGAAGCCUCCAGACGAGGUCCACGUUGCCAUUCUGUGCGUUGGCGGUUUGCGACAGGUAGAGAGGCUUUGGGAGAUCAAAGGAUAUAACAGCAGGAGAGGAGCGGUUGAUGUCUGGUACAAUUCUAUUGCGAAGGAUUCGACUGAGCCAACCCCCAAACAGCGACGUGGGAUCAUGGGCUUGGGCCGCAAGAAGUCGACAUUAUCUGUUAAGGAACCGUCCAAACCACCACAGGAAGGAUUCCCAGCACGCCGCGGUUCAAGGACAUCUCUCGAUGAUCCUAUGGACCCUUACGACACGAAUUUGGUCUUCAACACCAGCCUGGCAGCCGAUUUGCCUAGCUUGCAGGAGAUCUGGCUGAAGACGGCCGAGGCUCUGAUAUUGGAGCGAGGCGUUGUGGAGCGUACCCAAGACAUCAAGCGCAAUGCACAAGUCAUGUUGGAGCUGAUUCGUGACGACGGCAUGGAUGAGGAGGAUGAGUGGUGGUACGGGCGAAGUACCCCCGAGUCCGUUCGCCCUCCGCUCGAGGCAAUAGAUGAGGAUCCUAUGGAUGGCGCAUGA